GGAGGGGAAGGCAGAGAGAGGGAGGGAAAGAAAAAGGAAGCUCUCCGAUAAGUUUUUCUGUGCAUUUUUCUCUAGACUUAUUCAAACUUUAGCAGAUAAAAGGUGGGAUCGGAUGCCUUGAAGGGAUCAGCAUGCUGAAGACUGACAUUUGAAGGGAGGAAAGGACGCCAUUUGUCAGCAAUUGUGCACAGCUGAUGAAAACAUAAAUUAUUAACACUUUUCAAGGCCUUGGGCCUCGAAUGACCACAGAGAGAUCCUGGACAGAGAAGAAGAAAAAUAAUGUCUUCUGACUUGGACUCUAGUCUCACUAGCAUUGACUGGCUUCCCAAACUGGGAAUCAGCAGCCUGCGUUCAGGGAAGGAGAGAGCAGGAGCGGAUAGGGACAAAAAGAGAGACAGAGGAAGGGAGAGGGGAGACCUCUUACCCUCAGUACCGAGCCCCUCUGCCUCUAACUCUAAAGGAAAACCCCCUCACAGCUAUGCCACUCUCAUUGCCAUGGCAAUAGCAGCUGCACCUGAGAGGAAGCUGAGUUUAAAUGACAUCUACACCUGGAUCAGCAACACAUUCCCCUACUACAGCCGAGCAGGUCGUGGAUGGAAGAACUCCAUCCGUCACAAUCUCUCCCUAAAUAAAUGCUUCAGGAAAGUUCCUCGACCACAGAACGACCCUGGAAAGGGCUCCUACUGGACCAUGGAUGGACCCUCAGAAGUGACUCAAAUGAGGGCACCAAAACGUCACUACGUGGAAGAAGAGGAGGAAGACCAAAGGGAGGAAGUUCCUCGCCUCGCAGAGACACAAGCGGCGAGAGGCGCCUCGCCUCAUCAACCACAGCCAGCUUCCCACACUGACCUCCAUCUUUAUAACCCUUCUCCACUCCAGCAGUCACCCCACUCUGGAUCCCUCCCUCCCCCUCCCCCGUGCAAGCAACCGUCACCUUACAUGCCAGCUCAAGUCUCGAGUCUCCCCGUAUCUCAUCUGUCCUCUGUCUCUCAACCGGCUGGAAUCCCACCUGCUGCACCCAUUUCUUCCAUCAAUUGUUUUCCUCUUCCCCACCCAUCUGGCUCCGCUUUUUCUACCCCCCUUGCUUCUGCUACACCUCUGUCGGCUGCCAACAUGUCCACGGCUUCUCCCGCUGGUCCAUCUUUCUCUGACGCUGCGCUGUCCUUCCCUGCCAUUUCAGAUGCGCUCCCCGUUUCCACUUUCUCCUGCGCCCCCAGCUCGACGCCCAUGCCUGUUAACUCAGUGUCAGGGCCCAGUCACUCGUCUGUGUCAGCUGUGCAUACAUCUGUCAAUGCCACUCCUGUUGCUUCGGUGAACUCCUCCACUGAUCCACCGCUGCGUUUCUCCUUUGAUGAGAUGAAUAUACCAGACUUGUAUGCGUCUUUCAAGUCUCUAUUCAAGACAAUGCGGGAAAGGGGAGCUUCUAUAUCUGAUGGUGCUCCACUGGCUGUCCCAAGUAACGACACUACCCCACUGCACACUCCAACUUUGCCACCGAUGUUACUUCAUCCUACACCUGCAGCAGCGGAAAUACCUGCACAACAUGUCCCACAUGCAGCAGCGGCACUGCUUGCACCAGGUGCCCGACCUGCAGCGGCUUUACUACUUGCACCAAUUGCUCCACAUGCAGCAGCUGCACUACCUGCACCAGGUGCUUCACAUGCAGCAGCUGGACCACCUGCACCAGGGGCCCAACCUGUACCAGCUGCACUACUUCCACCAGGUGCUCCACAUGCAGCAGCUGCACAAGGUUCCCAACCUCCUGAGACAGAGCGCAGUUCACAAUACAUUACCCUCCUCCCUCCCACUACAGCAGUACCGCCUGACUGGUUCAGUUCCACAGGUUCUCUGAAGGAGAGCUUCCGCAUUGCCAGCAGUCUAGACUGGGCAAACAUCGACCUCACUGGUCACCCAGACCUGCUGGAGGGCAUGCGGCAGGCAGAGCUCUGUGACUGGGACUUGGACCCGGCGCUAUUCACCUCCCUCUGUGACUCUCUGAACCGCUUCUUCUCUCAGAGAGGCAUGAUCACCUCUGGCAACAACUCCCCAGUCGCUAUCGGUGCACCUCACUCCUUUCAUGUUCCACCUUUCGCCUCCAACCCGCCUCCAACCCUUGCCAGUCUCACUCACCCUGCACCUCUUCCCUAUGCCCCCACCAACGGAGCACAGCCCCCCCGGAGGCCCCUGCACAUGCAGGGAGCAGGUCUGCAGAGGCCAGCACCUGCAAACACAACUGGUGGGAUUCAGCCUCAGUCAGUGACACCACGGCAGCGUCCUCCACUCAAGAAUCUCCACAGCAACAGUGAGGAGAUUCAGGAUGACUUUGAUUGGGAUUCUCUGAUUGUUUAAUCCUUCAUUUGCUGUGGAGAAAAAUCCUGAAUAUUCCACAAAAAAGUUCCCCACUAUUUUAAUAAAUACUGCCUGUUAUUGUACCCAUGAGCAAGUUUGAUAACUUCAUCAUAUAUGACUGAACAUUGGAUUUUAAUAUAAGUCCAAUUUCUCCCAUAUUAUUCAAUGUGAGAUGCAUUAAUUUGCUGUUAAUAUUUUUAGUUUCUCGUAUGCUGUUAAUUGGCAGGAUGUAAUUUGUUUGUUGGGUUGUAAAAGUUAUAAAGAUUAUUUACAAAGAAAAAGUGUCCAUUUAUUUUUUUUACGUUUCCCUCAGAAGAUCAACUACACGGGAAGCGUGGAAAAAGACAAACGUGUUUUUAUUUCAUAAAUUUCUUUUAAUUUUUUUUCUCCAUUUUGCUUUUCAAAUGUGAAUGUUCACAGUUGACACCACACAAAAUUCAACCUUACCCGAUAAGAUAUUCUUCUUGAUAUAAAAUAACAAAUUAUUUGAACUAAAUUAAAAGGACAGCAUGGAGCAUGUUUUAUCUCCUUCCAUUGAUUUAAAUAAUUGUCUUUUUUCUAAAGAAGCAUCAGCAGCGCGCCCUCUCCAAACAAACAAAAAAAAAAGUGGGGGGUGAAAAAUGAGGACAGUGUUGCUCCAGGACG